AUGGACUUUUCUCAAUACAGAGCAUUUUCUGACGCAUUGACGCAAGAAUUAGCUUUGAUUCAAGGACCACCUGGCACGGGGAAAACAGUCAUCGCUUUGAAAAUUUUGGAGAUGUUCCUUAACAAUGGAAAUAUCUGGAGUAAACAACAAGUUGGACCAAUCAUUGUUUUGAGCUACACAAACCAUGCCUUAGAUCAGUUUCUUGAAGGCAUAAUACGAAUGUGGCUAGGUCUUUUCGCAGAUGACUUUCUCCCGAUACACACAGGGAACGAAGAGUAUGCUGUGGAAACCAACGACAUUCCCAUAAACAUAUGUAAAAAAGAAAGGGGUCAAGGGAUCGAAGACAUCGAACUUGAACAGCCGCAAUUAGAUGAUCAGAACCUGGAUCAGAAAUUGAAAAAACCAAUCAUUAUUGAAACAAAGGAAACAGAGAAGGACCUACGAAACGGGAUUAAAUGUUGGUCUUUGAUUGAACAAACGCACAAACAGGCAAUACUAAAGGAAGUAAAGCGCCGACUCAUGCUUACUAAACCUAUGUCGGUUGCAGAGGAAAAUCAAAUUAAAGACGUUUGGGAUCUAUCACAAGAGGAUCGAUGGCGCCUAUACACACUCUGGAUACAAAAAAUCCUCAACAUAUUGCAGCAGGAACUGAUGUCCGUCCAGAGGCGAUAUGAAAAUACUUGCGGCAAGUACAAAGAAUAUAUGCAUUUAGUGAAUGUUAACAUAUAUAAAAGUGCCAAAAUUGUGGCAAUGACGACUUCAAGAGCUGCUGCUGACCACGAAAUACUUCGUAGGAUUAACUCCAAGAUAAUGAUUAUUGAGGAAGCCGCAGAGGUUCCAGACCAUCAUAUCUUGGCAUGUUUACUUCCAUCACUUCAGCAUUUAGUGAUGAUUGGGGACAAUCAACAGCUCAGACCAUCCUACAACGAUUAUAAAACCGCAAAGCGUUAUGACUUAGACGUGUCCAUCUUUGAGCGUCUUGUUACAUCUGGACUUCCCUUUCAACAAUUACAGUUCCAGCACAGAAUGAGACCUGAAAUUUCAGAUUUGUUGACACCGUCUAUAUACAAAGAAUUACACAACCACGCCAGUGUUGUGGAGAUCGAGGACGUCCGUGGAAUGGAAAGAAACGUAUAUUUCCUUAAUCACAAUGUAAAGGAACAUGCAGAUUCUGAUAAGGACUUGAAGAGUCACAAAAACCAGCACGAAGUUGACUUCAUUGCAAAGCUUUACCGAUACUUGAGGCUGCAAGGAUACGGUAGUAGAGAUAUUACCGUGCUUACGACUUACAAAGAGCAAGAGAGGCUUCUGAAAAUAGCCAUUAGAGAUGUCGAGGAAACUGAGCAUUUCUAUGAAGUAACAUCAAACUCAUCGGGGAAUGAUAGAGAUAUUCCUGGUUCCAGUACAGCACAUCUUAAAAGUAGAUGUAAAUCACACACCACCACAGUACGUGAUGUAGACAAUGCCAUGCUAUUCUCAAAUAUGGCAAAGAAUAUCAUGGAAGACGAAAAUGCACGAGUCACAACAGUUGACAAUUUCCAAGGAGAAGAAAACAAAAUUAUAUUGCUGUCGCUUGUUCGAAGCAAUUCAAAGGGAAAUAUUGGUUUCUUGAGGGAAUCAAAUAGAAUUUGUGUUGCUUUAUCAAGAGCGAAAGCAGGUCUGUACGUUAUAGGUGAUUGCACAUUGCUACGGGAGAAAAAUGAUCUCUGGAGAAAGAUCCUUCAAAAGGCAGAUUUUAAGGGCAUUGUUGGGACAUCACUUACUCUUCGCUGCAGGAAUCAUCCCCAGAACAAAACAGAGGUUUCUCAUGCAAACGAUUUCCAAAACGUUGAAGAUGGAGGCUGCUCUUUGAAAUGUUCUGCCAGACUCGCGUGCGGUCAUUACUGUUUUCGAAAGUGCCAUACCUACGAUCCAAAUCAUAGCCAUCUACCGUGUUUGUCAUUUUGCCAAAAACUGUGUUCUUCAGGGCAUAAAUGUCAGUCCAAGUGUUUUGGAUGUCGUGAGAAAUGUUCCCCGUGUAUGUUCGAAGUGUCAAAGGUUUUACCAUUAUGUCGACACACUGUGAAGGUACCAUGCAGUGAAAUAGUUGAAGAAUUCCUCUGCACUGAACGUUGUGAACAAACACUACAGUGUGGACAUCAGUGUCAGCAAAAGUGUGGAUUCCCUUGUAAUACAAAUAAAAACUGCAAUGAACAAGUAAGAGUUAAAGCUGUAUGUGGACAUAUGGUUCAGACGGCUUGUCAUACUAAACAAAAUCCCAUCUGCAAAGUGAAAUGUUCCGAAAAAUUGGAAUGUGGCCACUUUUGUAAAGGUACUUGUCAAUCAUGCUUUGCAGGUGCCUUGCAUCAGAAAUGUCGCGAAAAGACUCAAUACAAACAGCAAUGCGGUCAUACCAUCAUCAUAGAUUGUAUUCUUUCAUACUGGGACCAAAAAUAUGAUGGAAACUUUUUGAAAUGUAGAAAGUCAUGUGAGUGGCGCUGUGAACACGAGGCAUGUGAAAAGAGUUGCGGAGAACCAUGCACUAGGCAACCAUGUAAUAUCCGAUGCUCCAAGAAACUCAGUUGUCGUCAUCUGUGUGAACUUUUAUUAUGUGAUCAUAACGGCGACCAUUGGUGUCGUAAGUGUUCGAGAGUAAACGUCAAUGGCGGCUUGAGGACAAAACGGGCAAACGUCAGAAAUCCGCAUCAUAUCAGAUUAAAACGUUGUGGAUGUGUUUUUGAAACCGAGGUUUUAGACAAUUAUUUGUUUUUGCGAGAUUAUACUGUCGUGGACGUGCCAAGAUGUCCAAACUGCCAAUUUGUGAUUACCGAUAUGCGCUAUUUCGGCUUCAUUCGAUACAUCCAAUGGUCAAGAUUCAACGCCGAGCUGGAUGCGGAUACAUUGCUUAACACUGAAAUAUUAAAUCGGUGUUGGAAACAAAAUGGAUAUCAAAACUACUGCUUCCCGAGAUGGUUUGAAUUACAACGACGACAAGAGGUUCGUAGUAGACAAUGUCACACAACCAAAAGUAUCGAACUGCAGGCAGAACUUUUCCAGUGUAUUUGUUCGAUGGACGAAGUUGCAAAACGUUACAAUUCUGAUGUUUCCUUUAAAUGGGACUGUUCAUUCAUAAUCGAUCAGCUUUGUGAACGGAUUAGAAGAGAUCAGAAUAUUUUUUCAGCCCAGGAACUCCGCGAACUAGCAUUAGUUCUUCCAAGAUUGGCAACGGCAUUGAAAAGUUGUAUCUUAAGAAGCAGAUUACAAUUUAAUCGAAAGACAGAGGAAAUAUGCUUCUAUUUAGAGAAGUGCGGGGACAUUUACAACAAAAAUUUUGUCACUCACACGGAGAGAGUAGAAACACUCGAACCUGGAAUAUUCGACAGAAUAGACCUUGGAAUGAAUAAUAACUUUGAUUCUUUGUAUACGGAUGCUGAAUUUGGCACAAGCAGAUUUUAG